CACAUCCGUUGCGGAAAUGGGAGUUAGAUAGUGUUCCAAAUCGAAGAUAACUCAGACUUGUUUUGUUAGUUUUAACAUAGCUUAUGAUUAAUGUCUAAAAUAUUUGUUUGAACAUUCAACGUAAGCUAGUACUUAAAAUUGUAUGAAUAUUUUGCAAAAACCAAAGAUUAAUUUAUUAACGUUUUAGACACAAAAGUUUCCAGAUACCAUAACAAAGUUCAAUUGUUUUUGCACCUUAUAUUUUACAUUACGUUUUUGUGUUUAAAUUAUAAUAGCUAACCUAGUAAUAGUAUUAAUAUUACUAUAUAGUAUAACUUUAAACUAGCAUUACCUAAUCUAAAUAACAUUGACAUAGCUUUAUUACGCCUGAAUCUGAUAAAAUGGCGUUUCAACCAAAUAAACGACAGUCGCCGGACAAUAAGCAUUCGUCGUUGUUGUCACCCGAGGAAAAUAGAUUGGUAUUUACUCUUCUUGGGAAAAGAUGCACAACAUUGGCUACAACUGUCGUCCAAGUGUUUCUGACUGAACCUCCUCUUCAUUCUCGAUGGUCUAAGCACUACUGUGGUGUGGUCUGUUUUGUAAAAGAUAAUUCCAAAAGAUCAUACUUCAUCAGGGUGUUUGAUAUGGAUAAGAAGAAGGGUGUUUGGGAACAAGAACUUUACCAACAAAUAGUUUAUAAGUCACCUAAGCCUUUUUUUCACACCUUUGAAGCUGAUAGUUGUCAAGCUGGUUUGAAUUUUGCUGAUGAAACAGAAGCAAGUUUUUUUAAAAAAGUUGUUGAUGAAAAAAUUCAGGCUCGUCAGCAACGACGAUUGGAAAGAAAACGAGCACAAAAUAAUGCAGUUCAGCCUACUCAGAUGGGAAUCACACUUACAGUUCAACAAGGAUAUGAAAAGUCAGAUGCAUUUUCUGGAAAGUCAAAAAAGGGUAAAAAAAAUGGAAGGAAAUCUAAGAUCACAAAGUCUGAUAUUGGACUCCCUACCAAUUUCAUACAUAUUCAGCACAUUGGUUUCGAUCCUAGUACCGGGUUUGAUCUAGAUGGUAAUGUCGACGAAAAUCUUAAGGAAUUCUUCAGUAUAGCUGGAGUUUCAGAAAAGGAUCUUCAAGACAAUGAUACACGUACAUUUAUCUAUGACUUCAUCGAAAAACAUGGUGGCAUAGAUGCAGUUCGAGCUGUCAACCAACCUAAUCCACCGUCAAGUGUACCCCCUCCUGUUCCUGCACGGGAUCCAUCAAGCACACCAACUCUAUCUAGACCACCAGCUCCACCAGUUCUGUCAAGUAACUCCCUAACUCCGUCUAUGCACUCUGUUACCUCCUCUCCUUCUCUUACUAGAAGUAUGGGAGCACCCCCUCCACCACCAAGCAGAACACCAUCAGGCCCCAAACCUCCUCCAGCUAUAUCCAAACCUCCACCUCUUCCAAGUUCUGCUCCUCCUCCUCCAAGUUCUGCUCCCCCUCCACCCCCAUCCUUAGCUGCAGCUCCUCCACCACCCCCUCCUCCACCACCACCACCCCCUCCUCCUCCAAGCCUUCCGAUCAAUGGUACACAUGAAGGAGGUGGUAGACUACCCCAAUCUAGUGACUCUCGAAAUGCCCUUUUAGAUGAGAUAAAGAAAGGAAAAAGUUUACAGCAUGUCGACAGUGAUUCAGAGUCUGCGAAGAGUAGCAGUAAUAGUCGAGGUGCUUUGUUGGAUCAAAUCAGACAGGGUAUUGAACUGAAAUCCGUUACCGAACAACCAAAAUCUAGUUCUUCUCCGUCAAUUCCACUGGAAGGUCUUGCAGGAGCUUUGGCUCGAGCCUUACAUGAGAGAUCAAGGGCAAUUCACCAAACAGAUGAAAGUGAUAGUGAUGAAGAUGAAGAGGAGGAGGAUGAUGAUGAAUGGGAUUGCUAAGAGGUCUCUAUUUUUCCCCUUUGUUAAGAAACAGAUUUUCUUGUAUCAGGGUUCUAUCUGUAUACUCAGUUAGUAUUAUCCUAAAAAAAAAAAACUAUUUUUAUUUGGAAUGUUGAUAUAUUCAGAGUGUAUGGAUCAAUUGGAAGCUAUCUGUGUUAAGAGCAAAAGUUUAACCUUGUAUUUUUUUAAAGAAGGAAAUUUGAUUGUAUCGUAAAAGAAAAGUGUUUAAUCCUCGUGGCAUAACAUUAAAAAUUACUGGCCUGAAAUAUUCGGUAAAUAAAUUAGUAAUUUGCACGCUGAGGAGCCAAUUACAGUAAAGCUCCUGAAAAGAAAGGUUUCAACACAAAGUUAAUUUAUAUUGAGUUAUAAAGUAAAGUGUAUAUCAUAAUGUAAGCCUUGUAAAGUAAGCUGUAUAUCGUAAUGUAAGCUUUGUAAAGUUAAUUGUAUAUUGUAAUGUAAGCUAGUUAUCUUUGUGUAAGUAAUGCUUACUAUUUUCAAUAUUUGAGUGCCUGUCUGAGUUACUUAAGAUUAAUCAUGAGUUUAUAAAACAAAAUGACAUUUUCUAAAGCUCUAAUGUAUGAAAAAAGAUUAAUAUAGUUUCUGUUUUAUUUCGGCAAAAUUAGUCGGAUAGGAAACAGGUUGUGGUUUUGUUUUUAUUAUUUAAGGACAAAACACUGUAGCUAAUUAAAACUAGAUAAACUUCUUGAUGAUGUUUAAUAGUAGAUGUUACAAUGUACGUGAUUUUAAUUAUAAAGACACACUGUUGUCUAAAAUAUUGUAUUACCAGAACUUUGCUGAGAAGAGUUUCUAUAUCCUUGUUGAAACUUUGAGAAAUGUUCUCGAUUAUUGCUUUUACACCAGCAUUUAGUGACCUUGUGUUCUAUUAAUGUCCAUAUUGUGCAAAAAAACAUUGAAAAAUGUAUUUUUAUCCCAUGGCUUUCAUGUGUUUUAUAUGCACUUGAAACUGUUAAUCUGUAAUAUUUCUUUACUGAAAAUUAAAUGAGGUUAAUUGUGCACCAUUGAAGAAACACACAUCAUUAGGUGCACAGUGUGUAGAGGAAAUGCAUUAGUUUUAUUAUAAAGAAAUAACUACAAGAAAUUUGCUUUAGAUCUUUUUUUUUCUUUUUCCAUUUACCAUUUGUACUGUUUUCAGUCUUGUUGAGCAUAAGUAAUGUGGUAUACAUAUUUAUUAACGAAAACAACCAGAAUAUGUCGUAGCUAAUGUGUGGUAGAUGGAAGUGGACUGUUAAAUAUUAAUAGAUUGUGUACUAGUAGUAUGUAGUAAUAAAAAUUAAAUCCAGAUCAUAAGUAAUUAACCUGUGACAUCAGCAAAAUAGACAAUAAAAAAUAAUGUGUGAAUCUUGUGAGGAGUACUGUGUGCAGUGGUCUGGUAGAGAAUAUUAAAAGUUACACUUGUCUAUUAUCUAAUAGUAUGAUUAUUAUGUAUCAGAAAACAAGGUAUGAUAAGAUUCUAGAUCGCAAAGCAAGAUAUGAUAAUUCUAGAUUUCAAAGCAAAGUAUGAUAAGAUUCUAGAUCACAAAGCAAGUUAUGGUGAAACUCUAGAUUUCAAAGCAAGGUAUGAUAAGAUUCUAGAUCGCAAAGCAAGUUAUGGUAAAACUCUAGAUCGUAAAACAAAAUAUGAUAAUUCUAGAUUUCAAAGCAAGGUAUGAUAAGAUUCUAGAUCACAAAGCAAGUUAUGGUAAAAGUCUAGAUUGCAUGUUAACACCUAUACUUAAUUAUAAAAACAAAAUGCUAUCAAUAUAAUGUUAUCCAUUUUCAACACAUAUUCAGACAUUCCUUUUUGUGGUUGUGCUCUUCCUAUGGUAUAUUAGUAAUAGCUGCAUGUUUGUUAGUUAGUUAGUCACACCUGGUUUCUUUGUGGGAAUAAGGUAUGCAGGUUAUGAGAGGUAUACUUCAGUAAUAAAUGUGCAUAUGUAUUUUUUAUCACACUAAAAGAUAUUUAAUAGCAAUAAGAGUUAGGUGAGGUAUGGAAAUUUCUUUGAUAAAUAUGUGACACUCUAUUAAUACAAUAUCGUGUGUUAAGACACCUGUGUCUGUGCGACAGUUCUGUCACAUGGAUACCAAGAUGUGUGUUGAUCUUAUUUUCUAAGAAAUUUGUGUAUGUGUGACAGCCUUGUCAUAUGGUUACCAAGAGGUGAUAUGAUCUUGUGGUAUAUAAAACACCUGUAUGUGUGUGACAGUUUUAUCAUAUGGAUGUCAAGACAUUAUAUGAUCUUAUGGUAUAAGGUACCUGUUUAUGUGUGACAGUUUUAUCAUGUGGAUACCAAUAUAUUAUAUGAUAUUGUGGUAUAAGACACCUGUAUAUGUGUGACAGUUUUAUCAUGUGGGUACCAAUAUAUUAUAUGAUAUUGUGGUAUAAGACACCUGUAUAUGUGUGACAGUUUUAUCAUGUGGAUACCAAUAUAUUAUAUGAUCUUGUGGUAUAAGGUACCUGUUUAUGUGUGACAGUUUUAUCAUGUGGAUACCAAUAUAUUAUAUGAUAUUGUGGUAUAAGACACCUGUAUAUGUGUGACAGUUUUAUCAUAUGGAUACCAAUAUAUUAUAUGAUCUUGUGGUAUAAGACACCUGUAUAUGUGUGACAGUUUUAUCAUAUGGAUACCAAUAUAUUAUAUGAUCUUGUGGUAUAAGACACCUGUAUAUGUGUGACAGUUUUAUCAUAUGGAUACCAAUAUAUUAUAUGAUCUUGUGGUAUAAGACACCUGUAUAUGUGUGACAGUGU